AUGGCCGAUGUGAAGAAUGAAGACAACUCCAGUAUCGCAAGUGGCGAUCUCUCCGAUCAGCAAUUUGACAAGUCAAAGGAUUGGAAUGUGGGCCUUGAAUUGGACUUCCUCAACGCUGUAGCACGAUGCAAACCAGUGGGCAUCCACAAGCAUUUUCGUCUUAUCAGUAUCCAACGACAAUUCAAUCAAAAAAGCCAUACACCCUAUUCCAUACAAGACAUUCGUGAUCGAUUAGGUGCAUACUAUGAUAUGGAUGCAUUGGAGGAGCUUGAACAAGAGGAGGAAGAAGAAGAGGAUGUUGAAGGAGAAGCUGAUGAAGAAAACGACCUGCAUGAAUUCACUCUACCGCUCGAUGAGUAUGAGCAGUUAAUAUCAGAACAUCGGCAAGAGGAAGAAGCUGAAUUAAGUGCACCAUCACCAUCCCCUCCUCCACCAUCCAAAAAGAGUCGUACACAUAAGCGAGAUGCAUCACCAAUGUCAUCAGCCAGUGCCACGCCAACACCAGAACCUGAAGAAGGAAAAUCUUCAAGACGCUCGACUCGUAAAAAGACUGACACACGCAAACGCACAUCUGGAACAAGCAAAGGCACCUCCUCAACAGGCACUGGUACAGCAAGUGGCAGCCGAAGAAAACGCCGGUGA